AUGGAGCCGCCGGUCGGGCACCCCUUUGGCUGCGAGGCCGAGACGUCGCUACGGGCCCUCUUCGACUACUUCAAGCGUUGCCUGAGGUGCGGCGAGUGGGAGCUGGCUAGCGCUUGCGUUCCGCAGCUGGUCACGUCCGCGGGGGGCAUCUCUGAGAAAGUGCGGGAGAUUAUCAAAGCGGUCGUGUGCCAUCCUUACAGUUUAAAAUGGGAGUCUGUAGGCAGUCCACACAAGCUGGCCUGGUUUUGGCUCCAGAUUUUGGAACGGGAGACUGAGGAGCGGAUCUCUCCCAGUGUCAGAAGUGAGUUAGAGUUCCUUCUCCUGCUGGAGCAUCUGUGUUCUGAGGGUAUCGAAGAGGCUCUUCUCAAGCAGGUACAUGAGGCUUUUAUGGGCACACAAAGCACAAAAGUUUCAACUUCAACCUAUGCCGCCGUGGAGCGUUGUCUGCUUACAUUGCUGGAGAAGAAGAGGCCCCGAUUUGCACAAUCACUUGCACAUUUUUUGCAGUCAAGUAUAGACGAUGCACCCUUGCAGCAUGUCUUCAUCCGCCACCUACUGACCAAACUAGGAAAGCCCGGGAUAAGUCCAGAGCUGCGAGACGAGUGGGAAGAGGAGAUCUACUCCGUGUUGGCUGUAAUGCCACAGCAUCCCGGCGGAGUUAACGACCAAUUGGAGGCGUUGUGUGAGACGCUGUGGGCGUCCAGAGAUGGGCCCCUGAAUGAGGAGAGGGUCCUGAGCUCGCUGCUUCGGCCACGGUCCGAUGCGCUGGUCUCGGCCUACUGCUCGGUCGCUUUGAGGCUGCGGCGAGAUUUCCUGCUGAGAGGCGCACCUGAGACACAAGCUCACCUGCCUGAGGCGGAGAACCUGGCACUCAGCCUUUGCUGUCAUCACAACCGGUUGUCCGCAUGGAAGAUGAUCUACUUUGAGUGCCUCAGCAGUGGGAAGCACUUCCUGGAGCAGGUCUUGGUUACGGCGCUAGACCUGAUAAAACAUGAGGAGUUUUCUCAGCUAAGGGACAUGUUGCACUCAGAGUUCCGGCCUCUCUGUCGUCUGCUGCUGCUCCUGGGGUGGUCUCAGUGCAGUAGUCUGAGCUCGGCUCACGUGCUGCUCGACGUCCUGCAUCACCAGCAGCCGUCAGUCAAUGACUCAGUCCUGCAGGACUUUGCCAACCUUUUGUCCUCACAGCUUGGGAUACUGGAGUGGUGUAAAAACAACAAUCCUAGUGUUCCCAAAGAGGCGUUGCUGGGUCAGCUACACAGUCUGGAAAAUCACUCAGCCCUCUACAUUUUGCACACUUUGACACCGCUGGCCCACUUUGAAGAGCGACGCAUUCUUGAUCUGCUCCAACUAAUGCCAAAUCCAGGAAGUGACACUGAGGCCAUCUUGAGUCCUGGGGCGCAAAGGAGCGUCAUUCUGUUCCGCGGGUUCUGUGCCAUGAAGUAUGCCAUUUACGCACUAUGCGUCAACGCCCACAAGAGCGUGGGAUGCGGCCAGUGUCAAGCCAAGAGACAAAAAGACGCUUGGGAGGGGACGGAGCCAAGCCUUGCCACAACUUCAUCAGAAGAUUACCAGUCGCUGUUUCAGCACUACCUGUCCGAAUGCCAACUGUACUUGGAGUCCGUGCCUGUCUUGUUCCGCCUGGAGCUGCUGGAAAACAUCUUCUCGCUGCUUUUCCUCUCCAGCACUGACUUUGCUCCACAAAGCCCCAAGGAUGAGACCGCAAGAAGCCCGGCCUCGAAGGCGAUCGAGACUCAGACUGAUGAGGAACCCGUGAGUGCACGUCCCUCUGACCCGGAUCUGUCACACCUCGUCCAGGGCUGCGAGGGAUUCCUGGCGGAUGUGAUGGCCUUGGAGGGUUUUUUAAAGUUGCUCAAAGAGGGCUUGGAGGGCAUGUGCGUGUUGGGCCAGCAGGAGGGACAGGAGACGGGUCGAGCGCUCUACGGGGAGGCAGAGGUGGCUGAGAGCCUAGGUUGCUCCGUGGCAAGCGGGACCUUCGGUGCUCGCCUGCAGAGGUUGUCCAAGCGCACCGCUGAGGCGCAGUGGAGGCUGCAGAUCAUCACCAGUAAUCACAGCAGCGGAAGCGACUGGCUGAUCCCCGCCAUGUUGUCACCUCCGGAGUCUCUCCUCGUAUCCUGCAUCCGGUGCGGUAACUUCAUGGAGGCCCAUCAGGUGUCACUGGUGUUCGACCUUGAGGCAUCGGCAUCCUGCGGCGAGCUGGCCUUUAUGGAGCGUUAUAAGGAAAUCCUGGCUGAACUUGGCCAGGUGGAGCAGAAGAUGGAGAGCCAGUCAAUGUCAUCGUCUUCGUCGUCCUCAGAGGGCCUGUGCACGGGUUCGGUUGGCGGGGCAGCUCGCAGCCGACUGGGCAGCAGCGGACUAUCCACCCUCCAGGCUAUUGGAAACGCCGCAGCAGCAGGUGUGGCCUUCUACUCCAUCUCCGACAUAGCAGAUCGCCUACUCAGCACGCCGGCCUAUCCGCUCCCUUCCCUCCAGGAAGACUACUGGACUAACCAGUGCUCGCUGGAGCCAUCCCGGCCGGUGAGCACACUGCUGGAGGAGCUCAGUCCCCCCGCCAUGGCAGCCUUCGACCUAGCAUGCUGCCACUGCCAGCUUUGGAAAACGUCUCGGCAGCUGCUGGACACGGCUGAGCGUCGCCUUAGCAGCAGUCUGGAGGCUCGGGGUGUGCGAGUGGACCCCAAAGUUCCUCGUCCUGAGAACAUCUUUGGAUUUCCUCUGCUUUUACAGCAGAUCAGCAAGAUUCUCAAUCAUCCCACGACAAGCAAGAGCUCAGUCAAGAUGACUGAGAGUGCGGCGGGUGAAGAACAGGUGCUGGCCAGCCCUUUUGGCUGUUGCAUCCAGGAGGUGUUGCUGUGCUGCCACCCAACGCUGAGUGAGGAGUGCAUCGCUGCCAGACUUGCUCUGAUGCAACGCUUAGAUAGCACUCUGUCCAACCUAAGCUCUGCCACCAAUGUAGCAGAGGGCGUUGCAGCAUCCUCAAGCUCCCUCGUGGCACUGUUGUCGGAACAGGCCAGCCUGAAGGCGUCCGAAGUGGACGCUCACCCGGCGCGUUCCGGCAUCAAGCAGCUGUUGAGCUCACUGGACCAACUGUGCCCCUUUGAGCCUGACGGAGACUUGGCCAGGCCUGACUUUGUUCGCACGUUUCUGCACUAUGUCGACACACUGGCAGACCUGUUGGUGCGCAGCCUCGGAUCAGAAGACCAGGCAAGUGAGGUGAAGCUGGGGAAUCCGUUACCGGUGUUGCUUCAAGCUCCGUCGCAGCUUCUUUCCAACCUGCUGUUUGAGCGUCAGGUUUCUCCUGACAGGCUACUCUCGCUUCUGAGGGAGGCAGGCCUUGGCCUCAGCGUCCAGCAGGUGAUCAUCCAGAGAUGCUGCAAGGUCCUGCCUGUGGGGACCACCUUUCCAGACCAGGACAAGGAUUGCGUUCCGGCUAGGAAAGACGACAUUUUGUUAAGCUUGCCCACUUUGAUGUCGUUACUCCAACGCCACGCCAUUGAGCACGCCUCCACGCUCGCCAUGGCCGAGCUUUCGCCCGACGCUAGCUUUGAGUCAGUCUCUUCGGAGGACAACUCCACCGCCAGUUACGCUUCCACUGCCUCGCCAUCCACUUUGUCCCCGUCUUUUCUGCUUACGCCGUCCGCCCUAACAUUCCUCAAAUCUCGCUCGCCACUCAUGGCGGCUCUGGUGUGUCUGAGCGCUUCAAAAGGCGAGAGCACUCGUACUCAGCCCUCAGGCUGGUCGGGGUACUUCCGCAGCGGACGCAAAGAGCCGCUGCUGGAUGGCGAGCAGAUUUCCCGUGAGGCCGAUGCCCUCCUCCUGGCUUUCCCCGUGCUGCGAGCAUACCUGGGCAGCAUGAUCGAACCCGUGCUGGGCCCAGCCUUGUCUGACGACGAAGGGCUCGGCACAAGAGUGUGUGGAAAACCUCUGUUCGGGCUCCUGUUUGCCGGACCUUGGGAUGACUCCGCGCGGAAUGUCGCAGUCGACGCCUUUCGACAGACGCUGGCUUCCAAGGAUGUGGACAGAGCGCUGCGGCUGUUGGAACUGUACGGACCGAGCUGCGGCCAGCAGGGGGAGCUUAGGGACCGCCUGCUAGCCUGGGCUGCCUUAGAAGGUGACGAGGAAGGCAUCGGCCACCUGUUUCGGGUGCAGGACACCAACCUGCGUGCUCGCGUGGCUCUACAGGCCAUGGAUCGCUGGCCGCUCCCUGCCUGCAUGGACCUUCUGGACUUUUGCCUGGACGAGGACACUGAAGCCUCACUCAGAGUCGACCUGCUACAAAAGAAGACGGAGCUGGACAUCUACAGCCAGAUGUUAGCCUUACAGCCGCCGUUGCCGUGGGUUACGUGGCAGGAGCUGAGGGUCGAGUCACAGGCUAGCCCAGAGUCCAUGCUAGCCCAGAUGUUGGGGGCUAAGGCGUUUUCACUUUGUGCCCAGUGGGCCAAGCUUUAUUCUGUGAGCGAGCAGUCGAGAUUGCAGCUGCAGACAGAGCAUCUGCUGCAUCUGCUGGACAAAGAACAGACAGACGAAGCCUUCCAGCUUCUUGAGGGUCUAGCUUGCGGCCUGGAAGUGUGCGAGCGCGCCUUGGACUGCCGGCCCGGUUUAGCCGCCUGCCACUUCCUUGCCGACUACGUGACACUGCACUUCCAGAGGCAGGUGUCGCCGGCACGCCGACGCCACAUCCACACUCUCAACCUGGGCUCCAAGCUGUUGUUGGCUCUACCGCCGGCCGCCCGCCAGGACUACUUUCCCCUGCUGUCGGAGCCGCUGCUCAUGCUGGAGCAGAUGCUCAUGAACCUGAAGGUCGACUGGGCCGAGGCGACCGUACGCACGCUGAGGAGCUCGCCCGUAGGCCAAGAGGCGGGCUUCGGGCCAGACGCUGUCGACAAGCUCUUGGACGAGUACGCCCACAAGGCCUUGGACUUCACGUGCGCCCCCAGGGAGAGGACGAGAUCUGACUCCAUCAUCAGUCUACAGGAGGCUUUGAUGCAGUGUCCCGCACAGGACAGCGGCUCCCUCUUGUCCAGCCGUCUCGAUUCUCCAACCCCAUCCUCCGCAAGCAGCACACCCACACAUACGUCCUCGACAAACAGCGGCGAAAGAGAGCGGGACCGAGGCUCGGCGGGAAGGAAGCGGGCCUCGCCCGCCAAAUUCCAGCCGCCGGAUCGGCCCCCGGAUCGCAAGGACUGGGUGCCCGAUACUCAGCAGCACGUGUGCAUGGUAUGCCGACGUGAGCGCUUCACUAUGUUCAACCGGCGGCAUCACUGUCGCCGUUGUGGCCGCUUGGUAUGUCAAACUUGCUCGGAACGCAAGAUGGCCGUUGAGGGCUCUCCUGGUAAUGAAGUUCGAGUGUGCGACCAGUGUUACGCCUUCUUUCACCCAGAUUCUGAUGAUGAGCUGGAACCAGGUGAAGUAGCGGGGAGUCCCGUCAUGACAGAGGACGCCCUUAAUGGCAUGUUGCACCUGCCUGAGAUGGCCCCCAGGCAGAUCAGGCUCUCCACAGAUCCCGCCGAAAACCAGCAGUUGCGUAACGACUUCUACUACGAGCAGGCACCCAGUGCCCAGCUAUGCGUCACCAUCUUGUCCCUGCACGGCGAUCAAACGGCGUGUGGCCAUCGGCUCAUAGAACACUGCCGUUCACUCUCCCGCAAGCUUACCAAUCCCGAGGUGGACGCCUGCCUGCUGACCGACAUCAUGCGGCGGCUGCUCUUUAGCGCCAAGCUUAUGUUCGUCAAGGUGGGACGCAACCAGGACCUGGCUUUGUGCGACAGCUAUAUCAGCAAGGUGGAUGUGCUAAAGAUCCUGGUUGCAGCUAAUUACAAACAUAUUCCCUCGCUGGACGACAUCAUCGAGACAUUAGCCGUCACGCGGCUCCGGAACCAGCUUUUAGAAACAGAGUAUUACCAGCUGGCAGUGGAGGUGUCCACCAAAAGCGGCCUGGACCCCGGUGCCGUGUGGCAAGCAUGGGCCAUGGCCUCGUUGAAGGCCGGCUACCUGACUGUGGCGCGGGAGAAGUUUGCGCGCUGCCUCAAGGCCCCCGUGGACCGCAAUCAGAUGAGCAUGGGUCCCACAUUGUUGCAGGAGAUUAUCAAGCACCUUGAGACAACAGUCAGACCUGCCACGUCUUUGAGUGAGGACAUUUUAGCCACGCUGCAGGAGCUGGAGGAAGUCCUCAGCGAGCGGUCAGAGUUCCCGAAGGGCGUCCUCCACCAGGAGUGCCUUUACUACCUGAACGCAUACGGCACUCACCUGGCGCUGGUCAGCUUCUACAUGCGCCAUGACGCCAUGACAGAGGCGCUGUCAUAUCUUCUUGACAAGGAUGCCCCAGAGGAGGUGUUCCUUGAGGGGGUACUGCAACCAGCCUUGGAGCGAGGUCGUCUGGGUAUGUUGCAGGACGUACUAGAGAAGUUGGACCCGGGCCUGGAAGCUUGCACCCGCUACCUGAUUGCCUCCUGCCAGUGGCUGCAGCGGCGUGGCUACUUCCACACGCUCUACCAGAUCCAGCAGUUCAUGACGGAUCACGUACGUGCGGCCAUGACCUGCAUCCGCUUCUUCACACAUGGAGCUACGUCAUACCAGCAGCUAGGUGACCAACAGCGCUGGUUAGUGAGAGCCAAAGAGCACCUGAGGACAUAUCUGCAGGAGCAGCAGUGUCGUGGUAGUGUCAGGAGGAAGUCGGCCCAAGGGGGCUCCUUCAGAAAAAUGAUGUCAUCAAGCGACGUCUCCAGGCACAUGAAUACCAUCGAGCUGCAGCUGGAGGUCACCCGCUUCUUGCACCGUCGCGAGUCGCCGCCCACUGCUGGGUCUGGACCCCCGCCCACAUUGUUUGGCGGGAGCCCAGUGAAGGCGGAAGUGGCCUGCAAGGUGAUGCUCGGGGGUAAAAACAUCGAAGAAGGUUUCGGCAUCGCUUACCGAGUCAUACAGGACUUCCAGCUGGAGGCACAGACGGUGUACGUGAGAGCCGGACAGCGCCUGGUCCGCCACAGGAAGUUUGGAGCCGUGCGUCAGCUGCUCAAGUGUGUCAGAGAGUCGGGCACGGCCACCAAGAGCGACAGCGACGAGCUGGUCCUCAGCUGUGUGGAGGCAGCGGAUAAAGGAGCGGCUGACGCCAAAGAGGUAGAAAGUCUCAUUCUGGAGACCAAGAGCACGGAAAUCAAGAUCAAAGCUUACCUGCUGUGCAACAAGCUGCGUCCAGCCUACCUUCUCGCCGUCAAAAUGGAGGCAAGCAGGGCCGGCCCGCUGGUGCAGAGGGUCUUGCGGGAGGCUGAGGGGGCUAAGGACUCAGUGAUGCAGAACAUCUGCUGCCAGUGGCUACAGGAGCACCACCACCAAGGUGACGGCAAGCAACGGGCGGGAUCAGGAGGACCUAGGAACCAGGCCAGGUAA